AUGAGUGAGCCUACCAUUCUCGAAGAGAGCUUGUCGAUUGACGACACGCCCUCUCCGGCUGGAUCGCACGACCACUCUACCCCAAACACUUCUAAUGCAAGCGACUCGGCAAACUCUUUGACGAAUCCGAAUAGCGCUUCCCGACGUCCUCCACGCAAGAGCACUUUGACGCAACAGCAGAAGAACCAGAAGAGGCAGAGAGCAACUCAGGAUCAACUGGUCACCCUCGAACACGAGUUUGCCAAAAACCCUACUCCUACUGCAGCCACACGGGAAAGGAUUGCCAACGACAUCAACAUGACCGAGAGAUCGGUCCAGAUCUGGUUCCAGAACAGCCGACGACGAGCCAAGAUAAAGAUGGUCGCCAAGAAGGGCAUGGACAGUAUAGACGAUCUGGAUCAUAUGCCGGAUUCUAUGCGCCAGUUCCUAGCCAUUCAAGCUAUGCGUGAAGGCAAACCAUUUCCUCCUCAUCUCAUGGGUCUACCAGGCCAGCCAGUCAGCUAUGGUACUGGCAGCAUGAUGAUGGGUGGUGAUGCCAACUCCGGCAAAGUUGUCAUACACCAUUUUACUUGUCGAUCGCUAACUAUUGGUAACUGGCGAAGAGUUGGUCAAAAUGCUAUGGACCUUGUCAUCUUCUAUUCUCCUGACAAGGCAUGCAUCACGUACUACAUCAACAAUGAUUCUGCUGGGUACAAGAUCGAGUUCCCGUUCGCCUUCAUCAAAGACAUUACGCUAGAAUCUGGCGACGCACAACCACCUGCAAAUGGUGCUUCUCCCAGAGCUGGCGGCCUUGUCAUUCAGCUUACUCGUCCACCCAACUUUUUCAUGGACUCAUCCGGUUCAGGAGGAUUCUACCAAUGCGGUGAUUUCACUGAGGAUCAGCAAGCCUCGCAAAUUCUGACACAUCAUCUCGGUGGUCACCCCAAAGUGCUAAGUGGACAACUUGCUAAGCUGGUCUCGCUAGAGACCUAUCAGAACAGGCACAAUCCUUUCGACUUGCAUGCAAUGCCAGCAUCUGCCCCUGUAUCACCGACUAUGGGCAUUCCACGACCAGCUUCACAACCGAAUGUACACUUCGCUCGCCCACAUCCGCCGCAUAUGGGUAUGUUCCAAGAGCAGAGCUUUCCAGGUCAUGUUGGUCUUCAUCCUGGUCGUAUGCAUGGCGGGCACAAGCGACAGAGGAGUAGAUCUGUGCCUGUUGCAAUCGACUUCUCGAUGCUCCAUGGUUCGAUGCCAACAUUCCAUAUUCAACAUCCCUCACCUCAGGAGUUCCAUCCUCCACAGCCUUCAUUCUUCCAUCCUAUGCCACAGCAUCCGGGACAGCCACUGGGCCCCAAUCUACAAAUUGACACAUCUGCUGGAUAUGGUAUGGACAUGCGCCAAAUGCCAAUGUCCGCCACCACUGCCACGACUUCCGAAUUUGCAAGCCCUGGCUUCUUCCCCAGUCACCCUCACCAGCCAUCUAUGCCACAACCAGCUGCAGAUUUCAACGUAUCUUUCCAUGGACCAUUCUUGUCGCCGUCCCCAAUGGUAGACCCAUCCCACAUGAUUCCACCCUCACAUACUCCCCUGUCGCACGUCAGCCACCCAGAACCUCAGAUUGCCAACAACUCCCCACCGAUGGACAGUAUUCACCGAAGUGCAUCAGCAGAUAUGUUCUCAAGAAGUCAUGAUCAUCAAAGCAUGCACGACGAAAGUCUCAUGCUCAGUGAAAUGUACUCGAAACAGAACCUCAACAUGCCGAUGCCUAGUCCUGCUUUUGAUGAGAAUGGCAUGCUAGCUAUGCAUGACAUGCAUGACUUUCACACACCACGAGAGUACAUGGACAUGCCCAUGACACCUUUCACUAUCGAUCCAAAUAGCUUGGGGAUGACCCACUGA